AUGGGGGAUUAUAAUGCAGUGUUACAAGCUGAAGAUAGACCACAAAGUAGUCAAGUACAAGAUAUAGAGGUUAAAGACUUCAAUGAUUUCAUAAUAGACACUAGUUUGCAGGAGAUGAAAACAGUUGGGGGCACAUACACCUGGACGAAUGGGCAUACUUGCAGUAGGAUAGACAGGGCUUUAGUGAAUGCUGAAUGGAUGAUACAAAUGCCAAUUAUGGAGGUGCAUAUACUCAGACCAGGGAUAUCUGAUCAUUCUCCUUUGAAGAUUGCACUAGAAAAGAGGAGCCAAAAGAAGUAUAGAGCUUUUAGAUUCUUUAACUGCAUUGCAGAUCAUACCAGGUUCCUACCAAUAGUAAAGCAAGCAUGGCAAGGAGAGACAAAUGGGAGCAUGAAAGUUGUCUGGAAGAAACUCAAAAGAAUCAUCAGAGCUAUUAAAGAGUUGAAUAAUACUGAAUUCAAGGGAGUUAGGGACAUGAUUCAGACCAUUAGAACACAGCUACAUCAAAUGCAACAUGACAUGAUAGAUUACAGGCAAGUGAACGAUAAAAAGGACCAAGAGAAGGCACUGAAACAACAACUAGAGAAAUGGAGUCUAAUUGAGGAGAGUGCUAUGAGACAAAAGUCAAGGGUGCAAUGGCUGGCACAAAAUACUAUAACUAAUCUUACAACUGCUGCAGGUAUCAGUGUGUAUUCUCAAGAAGAAAUUGAAAAGGAAGCUAUUACAUUUUAUCAGGAACUGCUUGGUCAGAAUGCAUAUAGGUUGCCUAAUAUGGAUAAGCAAAUAAUGAAGGAAGGUGGGAAGUUGAAUAGAGAACAACAAUUGAAGUUAGCAGCUCCAGUUACAAAAAAGGAGGUGGUAUCUGCUUUGCAGGGAAUUAAUGAUCUAAAAGCUCCAAGGAAGGAUGGACUCAAUGCUGUUUUUUCAAGAAAGCUUGGCCAGUGGUAG